AUGGAGGAAAAACUCUCUGAAGUCGAAACUUUAGCCAAGUCUGUGUCCCCUCACCAGGAGAGCAGCAAGAACCGACACACCAUGCUGGCGGAACUAGACCAGGAAGCGGGAAAAGUCACGAGUAAGGUGAAACUAGUGGCGCUGGACGUGGUGGGUACCGAAACGGACGACUUGGAGCGAGUGCAAUUGCAACAGGAACUAGCAGAAAGUCGA